ACGGCGCAUCUGCAGGCUGAGAACGAACCAAAUGAGUUCACAUCACAGGUAUACAUGUAGGCUUUCAUAUCUGUGAAACUGGCGUUAAAAUGAUACCCGGUCGACGUUAUAAAGUGGAAUAACAUUAAUUUAAAAGUGUCCUGUCAGCAACGUCGCGUUAUUUUAACUUCAUCAUGGGAUUACGCAUAUUUGACACGCUCCUUUACGCGUACGCGCGCAUCUUUGUACUUAUGUUCCUACUGCAUGCUGUCCUAUCUCAAAACAGUCCGGAUACAAGGAGGCAAAGCAGUAACCAACAAAGUGCGGCACUUCGGCAGACGUUACAAUGGGCGCACAAUGGUAAUAUUUUUAGCCUGCUAAGCCAGGGCUCUCAGUACCAACCGGCGCGCCAAAGGGACGCAGCUAAUGACAACCUGCAAUCAAGACCUGUCACCAUCAUUCGCGACGGAGACGCAGCGAGAACCCGAGAGCUGGUUCAGCCCUCCAGCCGCGCGCCUGCUCCGGACUCAGGCAAUCCGCUCCCAGCGCGUGGACACGGACGACGCUGGCUUCCACCUCAAGUUCAACGGCGCGUGACACCAGCAGACGACGAACAGCAGCAGCAGCCUGCAGGCGACCUCAUGAGGACGCAUCCACACAACACGACCAAGAAUGACACCAAUGACGCGUCCCUGCCACGGAGAGAGGACAUGAUGGUCGCCGAUGACCCUUAUGACCCAUACAAGUCCACCGACAGAGAUAACCCAUACUACAACCACUAUGACGCGUACGAGCAGCCCAGACCCCGAUCCAGAGCGGGAUACGGCACAAGGUACCAUCAGUACGGUCUCCCGGACCUUGUGCCAGACCCGUACUACAUCCAGUCCUCUGCAUAUGUGCAGAGGGUCCCCAUGUACAACCUGAGAUGUGCAGGGGAAGAGAACUGCCUGUCAAGCUCCGCCUACCGCGGUGACGUCCGGGACUACGACACCCGGAUGCUCCUGAGGUUCCCUCAGAGGGUGAAGAACCAGGGGACGGCUGACUUCCUGCCCAGCAGACCGCGCUACUCCUGGGAGUGGCACAGCUGCCAUCAGCACUACCACAGCAUGGAUGAGUUCAGCCACUAUGAGCUUCUGGACUCCAGCACCCAGCACUCCGUGGCCGAGGGCCACAAGGCCAGCUUCUGCCUGGAGGACACGUCCUGCGACUACGGCUAUUACAGGCGCUUCGCCUGCACGUCACACACCCAGGGUCUGAGCCCGGGAUGCUACGACACUUAUAACGCGGACAUCGACUGCCAGUGGAUCGACAUCACAGAUGUGAAGCCUGGAAACUUUGUCCUCAAGGUCAGUGUGAAUCCCAGCUAUCAGGUGCCAGAGUCUGACUACAGCAACAAUGUGGUGCGCUGCGACGUCCGGUACACCGGGAACUACGCCUACGUUUCCGGCUGCCACAUAUCUCCGUAUUAGGAAAUGGCAUUAAGAUCAUCUGUGGGCAUCUGUCUGAUGAAGAAGGCUGCAUCACAAAAGGAAAUAGAAUGGAGAUAAUUAGGUUACUCUACACCAGGGGUCAGCAACCCUAGGCACGCGUGCCACCACUGGCACGGGGCAGCAUAAUCAUUGGCACACUAAAAAAAAAAAAUAUAUAUAUAUAUAUUUUUUUUUUUAUUUUAUUAUUAAAAUUAAAAUUCACAGCACAAUGCAGCAGCAUAAUCAUUACUACCGAUUUUGCACUAUUCUGUUUUGGGAUCAAUUAAUAGUUUUUAAACCUAAAUUGUGAGUAAUAGAAAAGAAAAUAUUUAAAAUAUGGUUGCAAGUGGUGUUGUUGCUGUAUGCAUCGCCUUCACAUGGUUUUGCAUAGCUGUACAUGUCUUAAAGAUAUUGAUGUGGAUGGCUUCAACAUUCUCAUAUAUUCUCGUCAGAAUUCAGCUAUAUUUUAUAUAUUGUUGCUUAAGGCACACUCAUUAACGAGGAAAUUUCAAACUGGCACUGCAUGUUGAAAAGGUUGCUGACCCCUGCUCUACACUGUUUCUUUGCAAGCUUCACAUUAAAGUCAAAUGAAUCAAACUUUCGUUUAAUGUAUCAAUUUAUGUAGGGUAGGAUUUUUCAUAAAGUUAUUGAAUGUUAAUAAUUGAUUGAAUCAACAUUUCUCCCCAGGCAGAUUUGUAUUCCAAGCAUAGUACAUGAAUGCCCAUUUUAUUUUGUAUUAAAGUGUUUUAUGAACAUAUUGCUCUUUUUUACAUUGUACUGAUUCCCCGCAUGACUUGCAACUUCUUCUACACAUAAAAAUGGUCAAAGUGAA